AUGUCGUCUUCCUCGUCGAAGCACUCCCCAAGCGCUAUACGCGCGGCGGAAGCAAACGAAGAGAUUGCCAGGUUGCGCGAACAAAUGCGCGCGAUGGAAGCGGCAAGUGCAGCUCCGAGGAUUCCGUCGGCAAGCUCUGUCCGAGCAGCGGAAGCAGAAGCAGAGAUUGCCAGAUUGCGCGCGCAACUACGCGCUAGGGAUGCUGCAGACAGAUCUCCUAGUGUUGUAACCGCUAGCCCCACUCCUGCUGACCAAGAAGUGGCAAGACUGCGGGAGCAAGUUCUGGCGGGAAGAAGCUCGCCACGUCGGAAAUCUGCGAGUUCAAUUCGGGCGGAUGCUGCGCAAGCUGAAAUCGCCAAACUUCGGAAGCAACUGGAGCAGCAGUCGGAGAAGAAAAAGGUGUGCUCUUUUUACCAAGGGAACGCUUGGUGUGCGUAUGGCGAUAGGUUAAGGUUUACCCACGACGAUGAUACCAAGCUUCUUCGCGAAAAAUUGGCGGCUAAAGACCGGGAGCUGGCAGCAAAGGAGCGUGAGCUGAAGGAUGCGCAGCGAUUUAGCAAGAUUCGCAGUGAAAUGACGAAAAAGGUCGCCAAGGUCGAGAAAGAGAUGCGGCACAAGUACGCAAUGGCGAAUACCCUGGAGCUCGUGAUCGUCAUGGAUUGUACCGGAUCGAUGAGCCCAUGGAUCGAGCAGGCUAAGUCUUCAAUUAUCUCGAUCAUCGAUGGUUUGGUUUUUGUGACAUAUCGUGACUUUUGCGACGGCAACAAACGCCUACAGACCCACGAGUUGUCAGCGAACGUGGCCGCAGUGCGCACAUCUAUUUCAGGGCUUGGAGCUUUUGGUGGUGGUGAUGGCCCUGAGGACAUUCCCGGUGGGCUUGCUGCUGCGAUGGAGAUGUUCGGUCAAGCGGAAGCCAAGCGUCUUGUUCUCGUGGCUGAUGCACCAUGCCAUUGUAGCAGGUUUCAUGACACGACUGAUGAUAUGACUUAUCGACACCAGAUUGAACAGAGUCCAGAUAUUUGUGCUCAGAUGCGAGAUCGAGCGAAACGCGGCAUUGGUUUCACCUUCAUUGAGAUCCAGCCAUCAUUCACGGCCAAGAUGGUGGCGAUUCUACAGGAAGAAUUCUACGCUACGAGAACCAGCGAUGGAUUUGACCGUGAAUUUAGGAAGGUCACGCUGGCCACUUCAGGCGACGUCGUGCGCUUUGCAAGUGUUGUUCGAUCAUCUGCCAGCUCGUCGCUCUCCGCUAGCAAGGGGAGGAGUCUCAUCGCAAGCUCCAAGAUCGCCCUCGGUGUGUCGAGCUAUCAUCAUUAUGGACCCACUGGAAAACGAACAACUAAUCUCUUCAAGGUGGAAGACGAGGAAGACGAAGAAGACGUGCUUCCCUUCCCAACGAAACCAAUUGAUUGGAGUGAAGUCAACCACUCGCCCGAAAUUGCUGCCGUGCGCCACUCGCUUCAUUUCAGGCCCAACGAGCGUGUUGACUGGAAGAAGCUGGACUUAAAGCACACCCAGCAGGAAACCAAGAUCCGAGUGCUUCGCACUUGCUUCGCAAAGGGCGCAAUGCGAACCGGACACACCAUGUACGACUGCAACAUGGAGAAAAAAUUGGUAGCGAAGGUGUACUUUGGAAAGACCGCUAGCAUUGCUGGGACGUCCGCCCGAUCCCUGCAAAACGAUGUGGAAAUGCAGAUCGUAGCUAAGCAUCUAGCAACCGAGUUCUCGCUGUCGGAAGACGUUGAGGAUGCAGUGGACUUCAUAUUUACGUGCUGGUACGAGAUCAAAGAUCCACUUCGCGCUGGUUUGACCGCUUCGAUGGCGAUGUUUACUGCUGAGCCGUACAUCGAUGGGGACUACAAAAAGUACAACAAUAGCAACGGGUGGACUAGUGAUGAAGGAUUGAAUCUGUCGGAGACUGCCCAAGCUUUCAGCCAUUUCACGUGGCAGAAGACGUAUGGACAGCUGAUGGUCGUGGAUCUUCAAGGGGUGGGCUGCAUUUUCACGGAUCCGCAGAUACACUCAAAGCAAAAGGAAAUGUUUGGAUGUGGUAAUCUAUCAGACGCCGGAAUGGCAGCUUUCUUUGUCACUCACGAGUGCAAUGCGGUGUGCAGUGCCCUUCAGCUUCUCCCUGCUAAGCGCACGGAGUCGGGUUCAAAGGUUGUCGGUGCUUCGGACGUGGCCGCCAGCUGUGACGAGGCAAAACCAAAAGCUAUGAACAAGGUGGUGAACAAGUCCAUGACCUGCAGUUGUCCAUUGUGUGCCAGUAUCAUCACUGUGCUACACAGCGCCUUUAUUGAAGCGCAUCGAAAGGGGCGUGAAGUCUACUGUGAGCCAUGUGUGGUUAGAAUCGAGCAAAAAGGCAAACGCCACUGCAGCAUCUGCAAAACGGAAUACGAAUUUUCACCGUACUGGUACGCAAUGAAGGGCAUGGAGCCGCCAUCAAGUUGUGGACGGUCGCGCCGAGCAAAUUAUUCCCGGUGGUUGGAGUAG